AUGUCGGACUACAUAGAUAUCAACGUUCACGUCAAUCCGUCACUGGCGACUGCCACGACCUGGUUCGACACCAUUAACCAGAACCGCUGUUCCGCUGCUACUGCUGCCCUCCUGGCCGCGGGGUCGCCGUCCCGUAUUUCCUCAUCUCAGCCCAACGCGAUGGAGUUCACGCCGUCGACGAUCCGCUACGACGAGGACAGCGGCGGUUCGCCGCGUGGUAUCUUUAGUUCCACGCACUCGCCGAUGCAGCAGCAGCAGCAGCAGCAGGAGGGGCGUGAUAUACUCCGCGUUGAGUCGGCUAGAGCAUCGUCGCAUGACUCCGUCCCGCGCACUGCGACGCCGCUGUUCGGCGCGAGUGCCAGCGCUGCGAGCCGUACCCGCUCGCGGCACGAUACCCUGUACGAGGAUGCCAUGCGCGCGCAGCUGGCGAAGCGGCAGUGGGCGGCAGUCGAGCAGAUGCGGCAGUCGAUGUUGGAGACGGCGCGGGUCGAGAGAGACUGCCCCUUCACGCCGCACCUCUCGUCGUACGCGGCGAAGAUACGGCGCCCGGCGGAGCUUGCACCGCAGCACCGCAUCUACGACGAGCUCAUGCGCAAGGAGCAGUGGCGGGCGAAGAAGCGACGUGAGAACGUCGAACGUGAGCUUGACGGUUGCACAUUCCGCCCCCUAACCCUGCGUGCUGCAACACUAAAGUCGUCGGCCCACGUGCACGACUCGUACAUCUUCAGUGAGCUUUACCACCACCACGAAGAGCAGAAGCGUUUCAAGGACGAGCUGCAGCCCUACGUUGUGGAGCAGCUGGAGCGGCACAUGCUGUUCAAGAACCCGGCUAACAACCCCCUACCGGAAGACAAGGUGAAUGCAGUGGUGGAGCGGCUGUUUUCCCGCGGUGUCGUCGUGCGGCCGGAGGAUGGCAGGCGGCAGCGGGCGCGGUCGACGUCACCGUCGUUUAAGCCGACGGUGAACACAGAGUCGGAGCGAAUUGCCGCGAGGCAACGCGAGUGUGGACUGGUGCCGGAGGAUGUGGUGGAGCGUCUUUUAACUCGCCCGCUUGUACAACAACUACAGGAGUUGCGUCCGAGACCCCAGGAUGGGGCGAGGCGGCUGGAAGAUGAAAUGGAGUGGGCGCGCUCUCAGUACAAUCGGGAGCUGCGGGUGCUGCUGCAGCGCGAGCGUCGGAGAACAUUUCUUUCGGCGAAGUUCGACGCGCUGUCGAGUUUCAUCAAGAAGGAACAGCAGCAGCAGCAGCAGCAGCGCCAAGGCUCCAACAGGUCAGCAACAGAGUGCCAGGUAGAAGACCUCAAGAGAGUCGCUGCUCUCCUUCUGUCGUCAGAGGAGGCGGAGGAGCUCAGCAGUAUUCUGGCGCAGUGUGGCGCGAGCAACCUCAGCAAGGGAAACUUCGUGGCUCUCUGCGAAGGUGUUGUGGAGGGACUCCCUGAUCCCAAUGUGAGCCCAUUGGGUCGCCUGCCGCCACCACGACUACCUGCGGCUGGGGCCGCUGCGCUUGGCUCAGACAACGCUAGCAAAGGGCCGAAACCGCACACGUUCCAGCGUGAGGUUCCCCCACAGGAGUUGAUCGAGGAAAUGCGGAUGAAGAGGGCGGAACGGCAGCGGCGGGAUGCGGAAAAGGAGGCGCAGCGCCGCCGUGCCAUGGAGGACGAGCAGCAGCAGCAGUGCACGUUCCGUCCCUUGCCGCGGCGCAAGAUACCGCAUGAGUGCCGUGUGGACUACAACGUGGAAGUGAAAACAACGAAGGCGGAGGCGCUACGGCGUGCGUAUAUUCAGAAAACACUGGAGGCGGAAGAUCACGUUGGAGUUUCUGAAGUGCUAACUGCGUCGACGAGAGAGCUCUUUGGUUGUGACAGGCGGCAACCGCAGCCUCGGUCACAGAGCGCAGGCGCAGUCGGCACCCCCGCGGUGUCGCGGCAGCUUCGCACUACGCCAGCUUUGGCGAUGCCGCUGCAGUCAUCGCCCCCCGCAAAGGGACCGUCGCCGAAGCGGAAUAGGCGCGAGGAACCGCGCCGCGUCUGCAGUACGCAGGAGGCUGGACCGUUGAAGCGAAGGGAAACGGCGGCGGUAGUACGAACGGCAGACCGCUCUCCCACUGCGGCUGCGGCUGGGGGUGGCUCCUCUGACCGCAGUUCGGAGGACGCUGCUGAUUUGGCCCCGCGUGGCCCCCACAUGGCAGAAGCACAGCCGCGCGUUUACCGCGAUGUUGUUUCCGAGCACGCUGCCUUUGGCCGCAACGGUGCCCUCACGGAGUUUGGUCGGGAGCUUAUCCUGAGGCAACUCCGUGAAUAUAGACCGAGACACAAGUAG